UGGGAACCGGUCAGACUGGUGGGGGUGGGAGGCAGGGGGCCCACAGCCCUAAGGGAGAGGCUUGGAGAGAGGCGGAGACCAGGUUGGUUGGGCUGGUCCUGGUGUGGCAUCAGACUCUCCCCAGACUCUCUGUGCCUCUCUGGGAGUCGGUCUCCACUCUGGUCCUCGUCUAGCUCGAGGCCAGGUGACCUCUGCUAGCCCCUCCCAAUCUUGAGGGGCACGAGACCCUCUUACCCAGCUCCUCAGCCGGACCCUCCGAGGGUCCUAGCGCACGUCAGACCACUUUGCCUCUGGGACUAGGCUUGGGAGUAACGUGCUCCCGUGCCCUCUCCGCACCGCGCGGCGCGCUCGCCAUGGCUCUCCCCCGGGCUCUUGUGCUCUGGCUGCUGCUCGCGGCCACGGCUGUAUCGAUGAGCUGGGCUGGGAAAGCGUGUAUCUGUGAAACAAAUAAGCUAACAAACUGCACUGAAAUCUCACCUGAUGAGUGCCAAUGUCAGGCUAUUGGUUCACCAAAUAUAGUCACCUGUUCAACACUGGCUACAAAAUGUUUGUUGAUGAAGGCAGAAAUGACUAAUUCAAAGAGUGGGCGGAGAAAAAGACCAGAAGGAUCUUUUAAAGAUAAUGAUGGACUAUAUGAUCCUGAUUGCGAUACACAUGGUCACUUCAAACCUCGCCAAUGUAAUGGCACUGCCCUUUGCUGGUGUGUGAAUACAGCUGGAGUAAGAAGAACAGAUAAGGAUACUGAAAUAUCAUGCAGUGAACUAGUAAGAACAUAUUGGAUUGGCAUUGAACUGAAACACAAAACAAGAGAGAAACCUUUUGAUAGUACCAUCUUAAAAAAUGCUCUCAUAAAGGAAUUUGAGCAUCGUUAUCAACUGAACCAGAAAUAUAUCAAAGAAAUUACGUAUGAGAAUGAUAUUAUCACUAUUGAACUGAUGCAAAAUGGUACCGAAAAGAGAUCCAAUGAUGUGGACAUAGUUGACGUGGCUUAUUAUUUUGAGAAAGAUGUAAAAGGCGAAUCUCUCUUUUAUUCCAGUAAACUUAAUCUUGACAUAAAUGGUGAAAUGCUUGACCUGGAUCCUGCUCAAACUUUAAUCUAUUAUCUGGAUGAAAAGGCACCUGAAUUUUCAAUGCAAGGACUACAAGCUGGUAUUAUUGCUGUCAUAGUAGUUGUCGUUCUAGCACUUGUAGCUGGCAUUGUUGUGUUGGUUAUGUCCAGGAAGAAAAGGAAGACAAAAUAUGAGAAAGCUGAAAUAAAGGAGAUGGGUGAAUUUCACAGAGAACCUUCCGCAUAACUGCCAAAAUGGGAAGAUAUCAAGAAGAAAAAAUAGAUCUUGACGCUGUAUGUGUGGCCAUGGAAAAAAGGAAAUCUUUCCAGAUUAAUAAUGUUGCUAGGAUCUAUUAUAACCUAGGGUUCAGAAAUGCAGAAUGAGCGUAGAUUGUUAAGAAGUGGGAUUUAUUUAUUACUCAAGAUAUGAGUAAUUCAAAAAUUUUGGCUAUCCAUAUCUUAAAAAGUUGAGCCACUACAAAUUAUUCAAAUAUACAUUUUCUUACUCAAAAACUAGACAACAGGAGUUUAAGCAGAUGUGCUUAUAUGAUAUGAAAAUUAAUACUUUAAAUAUAUUUCCAUGAUAGGAUUUUAAUUUCACACUUUUAUUUGUAAAUGAAAGCUUAACUUUUGGUAAUGUUUUUUGUUUGUCUUGUAUAUAUUUUUUGUUUUUAAUUUCCUUAGUUUUUUUAUGAACCAUAAGAUAAACAAAGUUGUUCAAAAUUGAAUAUCCCAUUUUUUUAUUUAUCUGAAAUCAAGGUAUCAAUUUCUACAAAGUACCAAUCAAUCUUAAGCUACUGGAUAAUUUGUAAUAUUCAGACAUCUGAAUGUCAGAAAUGAAUGAUAUGUUUCAUGGACAAA